UGCCACUCAACGCUAUGUCCUUUCAAGUUCCCAGCUCAUAAUUUCCAAAUUAUCAAGCAUAGCAAUUUUGUCCAGAAGUACCCUCCUAUCUUAUACCGACGAAAACAGCUGUUCAAUAAUUGUCUCCAAAGCAAUUCCGCGAUUCCUAUUUGACAUCAAACUUGUCAAAUUGUCACCUCAUACCUCCGUACUUUGAGUAAACAAUUCGUGAAAUAUAGUUGGAAUCCUGCGAAGUACAGGAGAAACGAGAGUUAAUACAACAGCAUGGCUUUUACAUCGGCUCCUCUCAUGAUGCGGAUCAUGGCAUCAUCAAUCAGUAGUGCAAGGCGAGCAGGAGUGAUUAUUAGGGAUAUCAUGAAAACGGGAGAGUUGGGGAUUGUUGACAAGGGGAAGGACGACCCACAAACGGAAGCCGAUCGAACUGCGCAACAAUGCAUCGUGGCAUCGCUUACAAAGCUCUUUCCCAGCGUCAAAAUCAUUGGCGAAGAAGGAGCUUGUGAACUAAAUGUGGCGAAAGAAUUGAUUGUAACCGAACUUGAUACUGAAUUUCUUAAAAACAAAUGCCCAGACGAAUGGUCAAAUGUGCCUGCGGAAGACUUGGUGAUCUGGGUAGAUCCAUUGGAUGGCACCUCAGAGUACACUCAAGGCUUCGUCGAUCACGUCACCGUGCUGAUAGGUAUCGCCGUAAAAAAUGCUGCAGUCGGCGGUGUUAUCCAUCAACCCUACUAUAAAAACUCGAGCACUGGUGAAUUAGGACGAACCAUUUGGGGCCUUAGAGGUUUAGGUAUUGGAGGGUUCACGCCAAAAGACGCUCCUAGCGAUAAGUUUAUUGUCACGACAACCAGAUCCCAUUCGAAUGCAACUGUCCAAUGUGCAUUGGAUGCAAUGCAACCAACAGAAGUGCUACGAGUCGGAGGCGCUGGUUAUAAAGUAUUACAAUUGCUUGAAGGCAAAGCGCAUGCAUACGUUUUUGCGAGCGCUGGCUGUAAGAAGUGGGACACGUGUGCACCUGAAGCAGUGUUAGAAGCAGCUGGUGGCACUUUGACCGACAUGCUGGGGCAGCAUUACGUUUAUCAUAAGGAUGUAGAAUUCCCAAAUCGGUUGGGGGUUUUGGCAACUUCCCGCACCGAGUCACAUACCAAACUAGUGGAGCGAAUUCCUCAUAAUGUACGCGAAGCGAUGCAGAGUAAAUGAAUCUAUUUUUAAUACAGAGGGCGAAUGGCUUACUGGUUGAAAAUGAUAAUAUUUGCAUUUAAGCAAUGUUGUUAGAGCUUAAAUUGAUUUUAUAAGGGUCGAGUUGGUAAUUAAAUAGUUGAAAACUAUAAAUAAAAGUA